UCCUAAAUUACUUCUUUCUUCAACAACAGUUCCAGCCUCUGAUUUUACCCAUUUUGGUGGCAGUAGUUAUUCAAUAAUCCAGUCCAAGAUGACAUGGGAAGAGGCAAGAAAAAACUGCAAGAACAAAUCUUCAGAACUUGCUAGUAUUUUAGAUGCUUAUAGUCAGUCAUUCCUAUGGCUACAGAUACUCAAGUACGGAGAACCUGUAUGGAUUGGUCUUAACAGUGAGGUGAUGCCCACAUAUUACCAAUGGACUGAUAACUGGGUAAUCAAGUAUUCUCAAUGGGCAAGGGGAGAGCCAAAGACUAAAAGAGCCUGUGUCUAUGUAGACAUAGAUGGGUACUGGAAGACAGCAUCCUGUAAUAAAAACUUAUCUUCAGUCUGCAAACAGUCAGAUGCUGUGGCCCCUUCUGGUUUUGAGGAAUCAGCUGAGCACUGCCCUGAAUCAGAUAGCCUCAGAUCUUGGAUUCCAUACCGUGGUCAUUGCUAUUACAUUGAAACAUCAGCUGAAAGAAGCUGGGCCCAAGCCUCUCUGGAAUGUAUUAAAUUAGGUGCUACUUUGGCUUCAGUAGAAGAUUCGGCUGAGUCUGAUUUUCUGACAUACAGAAUACUGACAUCUCAAAAACUACUGUCCAAGAGUUGGUUUCAAUACUAUGGAAUGAGAUAUGGUGGUUCUGUCAGUUUUUUAUUCGAUUCGGGAUGGUUCGAUUUCUGGACAUCUUUACUAUGGAGUGGCACAAGAAUGAACGGUUUUUGGAUAGGAAUGUACAGAAAUAUGGAUGGCCAGUGGUUAUGGCUAGAUAACACUGCAGUGGAUUUUGCCAACUGGAAUGCAGAACAGCCCAAUGAGGGAGGUCACUGUGUUGAGAUUGCUGCAUUAUAUGGAUUUUGGAAUAAACUUGAGUGUUCUUAUGAACAAGGAUUUGUUUGUGAAAAAUCAAACUUGAUUGAACUUGAAAAAACUGUGAAGAUUUCAAGUGAAAGAGAAGAGAAGAAGGAUGAGGAGUCUUCUGCAUCUGGCAGCCUUGCAAUCUGGAUACUGGGAGUGCUGGCCAUUCUCAGUUUAGCGGGAGCUGGCCUCAUGGCCUCUUUCUUAUACAAGAAAAAAAGGCAAAAUCAAGAGUAAAAAAGUGAUGAAGGCAAUGAGACACAACUGAAUAGCACUGAUACUGCUUAAGGAAGUAGUGAAAUAAAGGAUUCUGUAGGCAGUAUCAGGCAGAAUGUACACACUGUCCUCUAGUUUAAUAAAACUAUGGAUGUGCCAGAUUUUGGUAAUUUAACUAAGUGGAAUGAAUUGAAUCUUGAACCAAAGACAAGUUCUCUUGUAGCAGUAAUUGUUUAUUUUAUGUUGAACGCAUUUUUAAGCAAGCAGAAACAUUUAUUACUAUUAUAUUGUUCUAGCAUUCAGACUCUUCUCAUAAAUGGAACAAAUGAGCAUGGAUAAUUGUUCAGAAAUAUCAUUUCUUAUUUAGAACUAGAUGGCCCUAAGAUAUCACGAUCAUUGAAUUUGCUUUGUGGAAGCCAAAAAGCACUCAGCUGACAUUCUGAAAGUUAUCCCACAAAAUUCAUUCUAGCAACCCACUCCUGUUUUAUUUGUUUGUUUUUGAAUGGGAAUCACGUUUUACUGUUUAUGUAAAGAAGUAUUACACAUUAUCACUUCAGGAAAUUUUUGGAGACACAAAACCUUGCUGCUUUCAUUUUCUUUAGUGUAGUAACAGUAAUGUAGUUACUUGUAAUCAAGUUCAAAUAAACCUUGAUUAUAAAUAAACUUGUAAUC